AUGCGGGCUGAGCUGGGCACCUACGGGGCGACACACAUGAUCACACCCCAUUUAGAUGCCCUCGCCCAAGAUGGCAUGGUUUUUGAGCGCGCCUACGUGGCCAUCUCUCUCUGCAUGCCGUCACGCACCGCCUUUCUCACGUCUCGAAGGCCAGCCACCACGCACAACUUUGUCAUUGCCCCAAACGAGCAGUGGCGGCAAACCAAGGGACCCAACGCUACAACCCUGCCCGAAUUUUUCAAAACAGUUGGCGGCUAUCGCACAUAUGGCAUGGGUAAAAUCUUUCAUGGUACUACAGACGAGCCUUAUUCUUGGUCGGCAGAGAUGGGUGAUUAUUAUGACUGGGAUAAUUGGACCCAGUAUGGCAACAGCAUGACGUACAAGUGCUUUGACGUGCCAGACAACAACCUUGGGGAUGGCAUUUUUGCCGAUCGCGCCGUGAAUUGGAUCAACAUGUUCGGUGCUGACCAGGCCAACGGCAGUGAUACCCGCCCCUUCUUUAUGGGGGUUGGCUUUCACCGACCGCACAUCCCAUACCUCGUCCCAAAGCGCUACUGCGACAUGUAUCCACCUGCCGAUGAGAUUCCCCUCGCUGCCAAUCCUUUCAAACCCGAGGGCAUGCCUGAUGUUGCCUAUAGUGUGAGCGCUGGCCUGCGAAACUUUCAAGAUUGCGCUCCACUCUUUGAGAAUGUCUCCAAGUGUUACGAUGACCCAUCCUGGGCCUUUAGCAACCGGUGCUACAUGGUCAAUGGUACCCUAAAGACGAUGGCGCAGAACGUGCGGCGCAAUUAUUGGGCUGCCAUCAGCUACAUUGAUGCGCAGGUGGGGCGCAUUGUCCAAGCUCUCAAGGACAACAAUCUCUACGACAACACCAUCGUCCUCUUUAUGGGCGACCACGGCGUAUGCACUUGCACGGGCCGCAGCACCAACUUUGAGCAUGGGACUCGCAUUCCAUUGAUCAUACGAGACCCUAGCCACACCCCGGCGCGCACUGCAGCUCUCGUUGAGACGGUCGACAUAUACCCCACCCUGGUGGACCUGGCCGGACUCCCGAGCCUGGAGACUUGUGCGCCUGGCUCUAUGGCGGCCUUGUGCACCGAAGGCUUUAGCAUGCGUCCCCUGUUUACGGACCCCACACGAGCCUGGAAGUCGGCAGCCUUCUCGCAAUAUGCACGCCCCGCACCAUCGCCUGAUAACGGCUUUCCAGCCGAUCUGUUUUCGCCGCCCCUGCAUGUGGCCGGGCAUCGGGAAGGCGUGAUGGGGUUUACCAUCCGCACCAACACGUACCGAUACACCAAUUGGGUGUGGUUUGACCCCGCAUCGGCAACCCCACACUGGAACAUGUCCUGGGGUGAAGAGCUGUACAAUCAUACGGCACAGCCCGUGCCAGAUGGCUUGUUCAACAACGAGAACAUCAAUCUGAUUGACCAGCCUGGUCUUGAGCCCAUCAUUGACAAACUUCGGCAAGCCCUGCAAGCUGGAUGGCGCGCGGCCCUGCCCAGUUAG